AUGGUUUAUUUUAACAAAAGUAAAACACGUAGCAGUGGACAAUUUUAUUUUAUGCCAAAUCAGCAAUAUUAUAAUAUGAAGAAAAAUAUAGAAGGAUUUAAUGAAUCCUUGGGAAAAGGAAAAAAGACGAUACAAAAAUCAGUUUAUUUUAAGAGGGAUAAAUUAUAUAUACAAGCUAGUUCUAAUUGUUUAGAAACCAAGAAAAAAAUAAAUAAACCUAAUAAGUGUUUUCUACACAUAUUUUUAUCUAAUUUGUUUGAUGUACUCAUAAAUUCAUCCUAUAAUGAGGCUUUAAAAAUAUGUGUUAUAUUAAUAGGAAUAUCUCAAACUUUUUUAUUACAAGUCGCUGUUGCAAACGGAACUGAGGCAUCAUCUGACAAUAUAGGGGGAAAUGGUGGAGCAAUUGGUGUAACAUCGGGUAGGGAAGCGAGUGUAGCAGAGAAUGUAACAACUGUUGGUCAAGCGAGAAAUGGCGUUGCAGAAAGUGUUGAAAAUAAAGCAUAUUUUGAUAGGGCAGUCGCGGCAGUAUCUAGUGCUUGGACUAAUGCUAAUCAAAAACUAGGGCCUAUAUGCAAGCUUAUAUUAGGAGAGGAAAAGGGUUGUAAAGACAAAAAUUUAUCCAUUCCAUUAUUGCUUGUUACUAUUAUGAUCGUGUCAGCAUUAAUUCAUUAUGUUUAUACUCAGGUAUGUAACAAUUCAAUUAAAAUAAAUUUAUAUAAAAGUCAAAACUGUUACAAUUCAUGCUGUAAGAAAUCACUAAGUGAAUAUA